AUGAUUUCAGAAGAGGAGGAAGGAGAGAACAUCAUGGAUGUACAGCCUUUGGCACAACAUUUAUGGGAUACCCAAAUCACGGAAGCAAUCAAGGUUCCUCACCUUCCUACUUUUGAUGGGAAAACUGACCCUCGAGAGCACCUGAUGGCAAUUGGAACACAAACCGCCAUAAUCAAUGCUCCGGAACACCUGAAAUGUAAACUACUAGCCGGCACCUUCAAGGAUGUAGCCUUGCGUUGGUAUAUGAACCUUCCAAGAAAUUCAAUAGAAAGCUACGCGGAUUUUCACAAAAAAUUCGUUCACCAGUUCGCCGGAUCGAAACACGUGAAAGUCACGUCAACUAGCCUAUUCUCCAUUCGCCAAAACCACGGCGAAUCGUUGCGUAGUUUUCUAGCCAGAUUCAGCGAGGCCACCAUCAAGGAGGUAAACAAGAGAGCGGAGUGUUACAUAAAGGGAGAAGAAAGCAACGCCGAGAAAAGGCAAAGAGACGCCAAGGAGAAGGAAUAUGUAGGCCGUGCUACUAGAGCCCCAGAACACCCGCGACCAAAAACGGGAAGUCAUCAAGGAAACACAUGGCAAAGGCACCAUGGUAAGCCAUACCAUCAACCACCAAGGAGAGAGUUCAGGAAUCACCCCGCCGAGGAAGAGUUUACGCCAUUAAACACUUCAAAAGUGUACGUGUUAAACGAAAUUCUGGCCAGUGGCUUGGCAAAUCUCCCCCCAAAAAGAGCCAACAAUAUCCCCAUGGGACUCAACGACAACGCCUGGUGCGCUUACCAUAGGUGCAGAGGUCAUUCUACGGAAAAGUGCUUCCGCCUAAGAGAUUUGAUUGAAGAACUGAUUAAAAGCGGACACCUCCGAAGGUUCAUUGACGAUGCAGCGCAAGGCCGAGUCGUCGUGCCAAAAAUCCCCAGGCAAGAGCCACGCGAUACUCAGGGGCCAAGUAAAGAACCUCCAAAGGAGAGGAUCUCUGUGAAUACAAUAGCGGGGGGGUUCUCAGGAGGAGGUGAGUCAAGCUCAGCAAGGAAAAGAUAUGUGCGUCGAGCCAUCUCAGAGAUAUAUCUCGUGAGACAACCCCAACCACUCGACGUUCCAGAUUUGGCAUUUACUGCAAGGGAUGGCCUGGAGGUAGCGCCCCAUGACGAUGACCCUCUGGUAAUACAAGUCCAAAUCCUGAACUGUGAUGUAAAGAGAGUACUAAUUGAUUCAGGGAGUUCAGCAGACAUCAUGUACUGGGAAGCUUUCAAGGCCAUGCAAUUAGCGGAGGAGCAAUUGCAGCCGUACACAGGAGCUCUAGUGGGGUUUUCCGGAGAACAGGUAGACGUGAUGGGCUACGCCUCAUUACUCACUACCUUCGGAGAGGGAAGUAACGCCAAGACCAUCAAAGUGCGAUAUUUGGUAGUCAAAACUCCGUUCACCUCCUACAACAUUAUCAUAGGAAGACCUGCUUUCAACACCUUAGGGGCGGCCAUGUCCACUCUGUACCUAGCAAUUAAGUACCCUCUCGAUAACGGAGGAGUAGGAACAGUUAGAGGCGAUCAGAUCCUCGCCAAAAAAUGUUACGAGUCCAGCUUAAAGAUACGGCAUCGAGCAUCCAAUACAAAUGGAGCAUCCGAAAGAAGACAAGCCACAGUUCCAGGUGGCAUAAACAUCAUAGAAAAUUCAGACAUGGAUCCAAGGGAAGAAUUUCAAGACAGAAGGGUGAGCCCUAUAGAAGACCUGGAGCAAGUUCAAAUCGGCGAUCACCCACACCAAACAACCAGUUUAGGAACGGCGUUGCCCAAUGAGGAGAGAAGAAGAAUCAUCAAAAUCUUGAAGGACAACGCUGACCUAUUUGCAUGGAAACCCUCAGAUAUGCCAGGGAUAGAUGAAGGGGUGAUAACACAUAAACUAUCAAUAUCACCCAACACAAAACCUGUCUCUGAUGAAAGUACAAAAGCAAAUUUGUUUUGA